UUUGGAUCUUCAUCCCGAUCACUUAACAUCGGCUAGAAGAGAAAAUACAACAUGCGUGAAUGCAUUUCUGUCCAUGUUGGCCAAGCUGGAGCACAGAUUGGAAAUGCUUGCUGGGAGCUUUACUGUCUGGAACAUGGGAUCCAACCAGAUGGGCAGAUGCCAAGCGACAAGACAACUGCUAGAGCAGAUGAUUCCUUUAACACCUUCUUCAGUGAAACAGGAACAGGAAAACAUGUCCCACGUGCCAUCUUUGUAGAUCUGGAGCCCACAGUGAUUGAUGAGGUGCGUACUGGCACAUAUCGUCAGCUCUUCCAUCCUGAGCAACUCAUCACUGGCAAAGAAGAUGCUGCCAAUAACUAUGCACGUGGCCACUACACCAUUGGAAAGGAGGUCAUCGAUUCAGUCCUAGACCGCAUACGCAAACUGACUGAUCAAUGCACUGGUCUGCAAGGCUUCCUCGUGUUCCACAGCUUUGGUGGAGGUACUGGGUCUGGUUUCACCUCCCUGUUGAUGGAACGCCUUUCUGUUGACUAUGGCAAAAAGUCCAAGCUUGAGUUUGCCAUUUAUCCAGCUCCUCAGGUAUCCACAGCAGUGGUGGAGCCCUACAACUCUAUCCUGACCACUCACACCACUUUGGAGCACUCAGACUGUGCUUUCAUGGUAGACAAUGAAGCCAUCUAUGAUAUCUGUCGCAAGAAUCUAGACAUUGAGCGCCCCACCUACACCAAUCUCAACAGGCUCAUUGGCCAAAUAGUGUCCUCCAUCACUGCCUCUCUCAGAUUUGAUGGAGCUCUGAACGUAGAUCUAACAGAGUUUCAGACCAACUUGGUGCCUUAUCCUCGCAUUCACUUCCCUCUGGCCACCUACGCUCCUGUGAUCUCUGCUGAAAAAGCUUACCAUGAACAGCUAUCAGUUGCUGACAUCACCAAUGCCUGUUUUGAGCCCUGCAACCAGAUGGUGAAGUGCGACCCUCGUCAUGGUAAAUACAUGGCCUGCUGUCUUCUGUACCGUGGAGAUGUGGUGCCCAAAGAUGUCAACUCUGCCAUUGCUUCAAUCAAGACCAAACGGACCAUCCAGUUUGUGGACUGGUGUCCCACUGGUUUCAAGGUGGGCAUCAACUACCAGCCCCCUACUGUGGUUCCUGGAGGAGAUCUGGCCAAGGUGCAGAGAGCUGUGUGUAUGCUGAGCAACACCACAGCCAUCGCUGAGGCCUGGGCCCGUCUGGAUCACAAGUUUGACCUGAUGUAUGCCAAAAGAGCCUUUGUGCACUGGUAUGUGGGAGAAGGCAUGGAGGAAGGAGAGUUUGCAGAAGCAAGAGAGGACAUGGCAGCUCUGGAGAAGGAUUACGAAGAGGUGGGCACUGAUAGCAUGGGAGAUGAGGAUGACGAUGGAGUCGAGUUUUAAACAUAUCUCAGAAAGGACUAAAUAAUGUAGUGAUGUGUAGGACCUAGAUGUUAUACUACAAAUGUUAUGUUAAAUGUUAUUACCUAUAAAUGUAUUGCCAGCUACAAAUGCAGAAUACUGUAGGGAAAAGAAAGAGAUAAAUAAAUAAACAUUACUUUGCAUGUACUCUGCAAGUUAGAGACCACCUUUUGUUCACUUACCGUCACUGAGAAAAGGAAGUAAAUAAGGAAGAUGAAGAUUUUCAGUAGAACACAAGAACUGGACAUCUGAGAUGUGGAGCAAGGUUUCAUGGACUGGUGAAUGUAAAUGUAAUUGGGAAU